AUGAGUCGGUUUUCGCCCGACAGCUGGACACCCGCGGUCAAUGUCCUGACCUGGUAUCUCCUGGUGACGGCCAUCCUUAGCAUGUUGACUCGAGUGGGCACUAAAUACUGGAUCUUCCGCAAACUGACCACUGAUGACUAUUUGAGUCUUGUGUCACUGGUAACAUGCGCAGGACAGUCCAUUGCAGUCUCCAUGGCCACUGCCAAUGGAUAUGGCGAGCAUUAUAGUAAGGUGUCAGAUUCCAGCAUGGAAAAUGUGAUGAAGGUGGGCCUUCCAUUCGGCAUCAACCGAACUGAUUUUUACUUCACCUACGAAGCGCAGUAUGCCGCGAACAUUCUCUAUAUCACCAGCAUGUGCUUCUCCAAGUUGGCUCUCAUCCGCUUCGUGCGCGAUUUGACUCCUGCUUCGCCCGAUCGAAACUUUGCCGUGGGUCUACAGAUCGGGACUGUUUUGUGGGCGGUGAUAGGCAUCGUCACGGCCGCUUUUCAGUGCAAACCCCCUCGAACAUGGGAUUACAUGCACGGCCAAUGCUUUCAGCUGGGCGUUUGGUGGGACUAUCUGGGGGUCACCAACAUCUUGACAGAAGCUGGGAUCAUCGCGCAGGCCAUCCUGGUCAUUGCACGCGUCCAGACCCACAUGAAAAAGAAAGUAACACUGGCCAGUGUAUUCGCACUUCGUAUCUUGUUUGUGGCCCCGGUGAAGCCCCUUCGUAUUGCUGCCCCCCCUACUAACUAUUCCAGCGUUAUUGUCGCCAUCCUCUGUCAGAUCAUCUACGCGCGACAAACUCUCGACUCUGCGGAUCCGACGUCGGACACGUGGCCGGUAACCAUUUCCACGCAGGUCUCCCAGUGCUUCAGUAUCGUUACUGCUUGUUCACCUCAAUUCAAGCCGUUCUUGGAUAGCCUACGAUCUACGGGUAUGCGGAUCGACGGCAUGACGCGCUAUGGAACCUCUCAGAAGGGAUACGGAUCGCAGUCUACCUCGCGCGUUCCGACUCUUCACAGUCGCAACCGGCGCCGUAGUGAGGCACACGAGAUGGCCCCUAUCAUUGCGAAGGACACCCAUCAGACGACAGUGACAUCGCCGGGGAUGCGACGUGACUGGGACGCAGAGAGCCAGACCAGUCAGACCCGAAUAAUUCGUGAAGUUCGUACGUGGACAAUAACGGAGGAUCCACGGAGUUCAGGGGGAGAUUCGACGUAG